AGUGUAUAUCGUCUCUUUGAAACUCCGUUUGAUUCGAACUCAACAGAGGUUAGAAAUGACAGAAUCAAAGAUUGUAGUUCCGGAGUCUCACCUGAAGAAGACGAAGAGAGAGGAGGAGUGGGCUUUGGCGAAGAAGCAGACCGCUGAAGCUGCCAAGAAGACAAACGCAGCCAACAGGAAGCUUAUCUACAAAAGGGCCGAGCAGUACGCCAAGGAGUACGCCGAGAAGGAGAAGGAGUUGAUCUCGUUGAAACGUGAGGCUAAGCUCAAAGGAGGUUUCUAUGUUGAUCCUGAAGCUAAGCUCUUGUUCAUCAUCCGUAUCCGUGGUAUUAACGCCAUUGACCCAAAGACUAAGAAGAUUCUUCAGCUCUUGCGUUUGAGACAGAUAUUUAACGGUGUCUUUCUCAAAGUCAACAAGGCUACAAUGAACAUGCUUCGUCGUGUUGAGCCCUAUGUGACCUACGGGUUCCCUAACUUGAAGAGCGUCAAGGAAUUGAUCUACAAGAGAGGAUACGGAAAGCUCAACUCCCAGAGGGUGGCUUUGACUGACAACUCUAUCGUAGAGCAGGGUUUGGGUAAACAUGGGAUCAUCUGCACUGAGGAUUUGAUCCACGAGAUUCUAACAGUUGGACCUCAUUUCAAGGAAGCUAACAACUUCCUGUGGCCGUUCCAGCUCAAGGCACCACUCGGUGGCCUGAAGAAGAAGAGGAAUCACUACGUUGAAGGUGGUGAUGCUGGUAACCGUGAGAACUUCAUCAAUGAGCUUAUCAGGAGGAUGAAUUAGAUGAUGUCUUCUUCUUUUCCAUUCUCAAGUCUUAUGAUCUGUUUGUUUUCACUACUCCUGGAUUUUGAUAUUUUUGUUGAGUCGAGACAUGUUGAGCUUUCUCUUUUGUCGUCUUUGGAUCGUGUUCGUUCGCUUUCUAUUUUAAGAAAUAGUUCUACU